CACAGAGGAAGGAGGAGAAGCCUGACGUCAGCGGCAGAGGAGGAAAAGGGGUGUAGUGAGGCAAACAAUAUACAGCUCUAAGGAUGGUGCGGAUUUUGGCCAAUGGAGAUAUUGUACAAGAUGAUGAUCCUCGAGUGAGACAGAACACUCAGAAUACAGAGAACUCAUCUCGACCGGGUUUUUUCAACACGAGGACUAAUGCAGGCCCUGCCCCACGACGACAGCAGCAGCAGCAGCAGUACCACCAGCAGCAGCAGGGCGCAAGGCCAGGGGAACGCUCCCCAUUUUCAGACAUCAAUCAACAACUAGUGAACAUGGGAUUCCCCACCUGGAACCUUGGCAACCAGGUGGUGGAGCCAGUCAUGUCCAUCCUGUUGCUGUUUCUCCUCAUGAUGGUGGGCGUGCGCGGCCUCCUCUUGGUAGGCCUCAUCUACAUCGUCUCCCAUUUAAGCCAGCGAUGACAGGAACUUUGGUACAGGCCAUGAUUGGUGCCUGGGGGAUAGAGAGCCACAUUUUCUUGUCGGAUGUGUUGGAGUGUGUGUGUGUGUGUGUGUGUGUGUGAGUGAGGGAGAGAGAGAGAGAGAGAGAGAGUGAUAUGUUCCCUGUGUGUGUGUGUGUGCGCACAUGUACGUGCUUGUUUAUGAAUACUCCUUACUGAGAAUCUUUGUAAAUAGAAAUCAUAGGGAACAGAAAUGAGCAACUGGGAGUGUGAGUUCAUGAUGAUACCAUGUCUUCCACUUCGGUUGCCUACUGAUGAAGCUUAAAAAUGGCGUCCUUUCAGUCAGUGGCACAAGGGCUCUGGACCAGGAACGCUAGAUUCGUUUUUCUGAGCUGCUCAGGAUGUUGCAGAUGCGGCCGUGGUCUCAGGCUUGUGGGUAGAUGCUUGGCUUUUUUUUAUUGCUUUUUUGGGGUUAAAGGACUGUAAAGGCAGGAGCUAGAUCUCUCUAUAGGUAAACAAUGCAAAGACUGGUGGGCAUGCACUUGAACCUAGUCUGUAACGGACAGUGUUUCUUAUGAGAUGAUUAAGCAGAUGUCAGAAGGGCUCCAGAAAGAAGUUAGCAUGCCAGCAGUGGAAGACUUAAAGGAAAGACAUAGGUGACCCCUAUUACUUCGGAAAAGUCUACCCAGAUCUUCUAAAAUGGGCAGGAGUUUGAAGAUUGAUUGAACACCAAGCUUUUUAAUUCAAGCCCCAAGUCACAGGAUUGACAUACCAUAUCAAAACUGAUGGAGUCUUUGAUUUGUGUGUAGGAAUAUAGAUUGCACUGUUGUUGCCCCCCUGAACACAUUGGGCUUGCGAAGGGGCACGUGCUGGGCUCUGGCUAAGCAGUGUUUGUUAGGAAGAGCCAUUUUGAGAACUGCUGCCGUUAUGUGGGAUGGGUCCGUGUGCCCCUUUUCAUUUGUGCAGUUCCAUGGUGGGGACCUUGGUUCUCUGUGUGAGUGCUGUUUGAGGGUGACGCUCAGGAUGGUCACGUGCGGUCUGCCCUAAGCGUGAACCAAUCCAUUGUCCCAUAAUACCCAUUGUGGGGUGUGUGUGAAUGUAUGUGUAUGUGUUACAAUGGGGGAGCCUUACUGAGUCCGUGUGUGCAGUGGGCACACGUAAAACGGUUCUUGCUUCCACUAAAUGAGUUGAAUGAAUAGAAUUGACUGUACGUUUCUGGAUCCCAGUAUGACUUGGUGGGAGCACUGCGCCAAACGGCUUCCUCUGCUAGCGAUGGGGCUCCUCCUAAAUCAGUGUGGAGGAAUAGAAUUCAAGCAAGGAAAAAGUAUUUGUAACCACCUCCCCCAGCACUUUGUAAUACUCCUUGCAAAUUGAUCCUUAAUCCAUCUCCUUUUCCCCCUCUUUCCAAACAGGCUGUAGCCUGCAUUUCUUUUUGUUUGUUUGAUCGAUCUUUGUCUAAUAAUGAAUGUUGCGGGCUUAAGAAAAAAAAUAUUGGAGAUGUCUUCCUUCUUCAUUUCAAGAUUAUUCUGUGAACUGCAACAUAUUAAAAACCAAAAAAUUAAACAAAAAUAAAAAAAAACCUUUGGAAAUUGA